ACUCCCUAGUCUUGUCGAGAGGUGGCACUAUUGAACAUCAGAGUUCCGGUUUUCACCAACGAAGAGUAAAGCUUGCUUCCCGUGUCUACAAGCACGCAACGUGUGGGUGAAAAUAGUAAGCACAGAAAAAUUUUUUAAAUAGUACAAAAUGGUCCGGAAAUUGAAAUACCAUGAGCAGAAGUUACUGAAGAAGGUGGACUUCAUUAACUGGGAGGUGGACAACAACAUUCACGAGGUCAAAGUGUUGAGGAGAUUCCGUAUCGAGAAGAGGGAGGACUACACUAAGUACAACAAGUUGAGUCGGAACAUCAGGGACUUGGCACAGAAAAUCCGGGACUUGGACGAGAAAGAUGGAUUCAGAGCUCAGAGUACACAUCGUCUACUAGAAAAACUAUACAGCACCGGACUUAUCCCCACCAAACAGAAUUUGUCUCUCACUGAGAAAGUCACGGCUUCAUCAUUUUGCAGGAGGAGGCUUCCCUGCAUUAUGCUGACCCUUCGAAUGGCCCAGAACCUGAAAACGGCCAUCACCUUGAUUGAGCAAGGACAUGUGCGUGUGGGCCCAGAAGUUGUCACAGAUCCAGCGUUUCUCAUCACAAGAAAUAUGGAAGAUUUUGUGACCUGGGUGGAUUCCUCAAAAAUCAAACAGCAUGUCCUGAAUUACAAUGAUGAGAGAGACGACUUUGACAUGUUUGCCUGAUUGCUUUUUUUUUUUUUUUUGCCACGUUCAUCUGCAACAAGCCACAUAAAAUGAGAGGUGUUAAACUGUCAUCAAUAAGGAGAAAAUGACCUGUCGGUUUUAAUUAUUUGCUACCCACAAAUUUCUAGAGACAAAGUCUCACCCACCACUCUCAAACACAAAAUCUAUCAUCUCCAUCCAUCAUUUCAAAAUUGCUAUGCAAUUUCUGAUGCAGUCAAAAAUUGCACAUCUGGUGUGCCAUCUAGUUGUUUUAAGUGUUAUAAAAUGUAAUUUGAUGUGUAACAACAAACUGGGCAAACUUUCAGAGAUGUUUGUUUUGUUUGAACAGAGAAGACUUCUGAGGAAUAUUGUCAGGACUUACAAGCUACUUUUUAAUUGGGUAAAGUUUGUGUUUAUCACCUUUUUGUAAAACUUGGCUUUUUGGCUCAUGGAUCAGAUUGUACAGAUAUGUAGUCGUUACGUGUCCGACAAAAUGGUUUGUAUGUGCCGUGUAAACAUUGUACACCUGUCUACAGUACUGAUAUUAAUAAAUUUCACAAGAAAACACUGA